AUGGACUUCGAGGAGUAUCGGCGCUCACUGCCAGCCUGGUUCCACAUCGGCCCAGACAGGAAAAUGAAGCACCACACAAACACAAAGGUUGCGAAGUGCCUGCGGGAGAACCACGGGGUAAAUACAGUAGGAGACCUCGAGGACUUCGGAAUCAGCAGAGAAAACGAAGAGCACAAGACCAAGCGAUACCCGAACUCGACCAAAAUAAGACCGUGCGGUUGUGCGGACUGCGAAGCAGAUAGACGCCGAGGCUGUACCGACCCACACAAGUGCUUACGACGCGCUAAAAUAAUCCUGGCCCACAUCCUACCAAAGUGGCACCCGCAGACACAAGGGAAUGACGAUACCCUAGACCUGUCUAAGGAGGAUGUCGAAGCAAACGAGACGGCUAGAGCGAACAAGCAACCGGUCACGUUCAACCCUGACGUACACUGCCAGGGAAACCUAUCACAAGGAGUCCGAGUCUUUGGAGACCCAAACGCGAAGAUCAACUACCCACCUUUCAGACAGCGAGGAAACCUGGACGAACAGGACGAAAUCACCGUAUACACGGACGGAUCCUGCCUGAACAACGGCGACGACAACGCCAGAGCCGGAAGCGGAAUAUGGUUCGGACCUGAUGAUGAACGCAACAAGUCGCUCCGCGUACCCUCGGCGAUGCCGCAGACAAAUCAAACCGGAGAGGUCCUAGCUAUAUGGUACAUAGCGACCACCGCACCCCUAUCGGCCCCGCUGCAUAUAAAGUCGGAC